AGAGAGAGAGAGAGAGAGAGAGGAGAGCGCAGCAGAUUCACAGAGCGACCAUGCAGGGUGCAACAAUGCAGCCGGUCUCGGUGCAGCCAGCACCUUACACGCAGACCAUAACAAUCAGCCAAAUGAACGUCAACAACUGGAGCUCUGGGAUCUGUGACUGCUGUGAAGAUAUGGGGAUAUGCUGCUGUGCAUUCUGGUGCUUUCCUUGCUUGCAGUGUAGGACAGUCAGCGACUUUGGAGAGUGCCUUUGCCUCCCCUUACUGGACCCUAUGUGUGCUGGUUACAUAGGAACCGGUUUAAUCUGCCCCCCAGUGUCUAUGGCAAUGCGGGCCGCUGUCCGAGAGAGAUAUCGCAUUCCGGGAUCCAUCUGCGAUGACUGCUGCAUGCUGUACUGGUGCAUGAGCUGUUCCUGGUGCCAGAUGGCGCGUGAGAUCAAGAGGCGUAAACAGCCCGUCAACUUCAUAACCGCCCAGACAACCAACGUGACGGUGCCGAUGCAGCCGCAGUACUAUCCUACAUACCCACCUGUCACAUAUUAACCUCAGCCACCCCACCCUCCGGACUGGAACUCAACUUACCUCCAUCCGUCCGCCGGCUCGCUAUACGGGGGAUGGACACUGAUGGGCGCUGGGAUCACACUGGUGUUACAUAGAACACACAUUUAUGGUUUCACUUAUCUACUGUAGUACCGUUUGGGUGGAGCUCGUUAUAUUAACAUUACAUUUAUUAUUAUUAUUAUUAGUAGCAGUAGUAUGUUAUAACGUAUAGCGCCACCAUAUAACAUAGUGUUGUACAGAGAAUAUAUGUCAGUCACAUUAGUCCCUGCCCCAUUGAAGCGUCCAGCCUAGGGACCUGGAAGAGAGUUGUACGUAGCUGUGAUCUCCGUGCGCAGCAGAUGUGCGAGAAUACGCCAAUGUUGCCGCCACCUGGAAACGGAUAAAGACGCCCGCCAGCAGAUUCACAGAUCCCAUUACCUGCAUACAAACACGCAGCGGCGGUCCCAGAUCCUUACAUAACAGAGUUACCCUACGGUCGCGCAGAAAGGCUGCAGGAACUGAGAUUCAGACGCCAUGUUUUCUGCGCACGGUAUCGCAGAUGCAGGCUGGGACGCGCCCCCAAAAUGAUUGUGACACACAUGCAAUUUUUGCCACCACUCCCCCAAACGGUCUCUGUCUUUCACUUUAAGAAGAAAUCCUCGCUGCGAGCGGCGUCGGUGUGGUACCAUGGCGCGUGCGCAGUGUGACCGUGACGCAUGCGCUGUCAGCAGAUAAUUGCUGAUUUCUGUAAGUAUCAACAUUGCGUACAUCUUCCAUGUUGUCUCUCGGUGAGGGGGAAAAGCGGAAUCUGGCUUCCCAAGCGUCUGAUUAUAACACCAGCAUGACGUUCACAGUAAUAAAAAGAAAUGGCUGUCUGUCAAUUUACAUUUUUCACGUAGAUUAUUACGUUUGCAAUUCAAGUGCAACGCUCGCAGUCUCCACCGUGUGGCGCAUGAUCAGAUUAAGCCAGUGGUUCCCAAACAUUUUUAAAGCACAGUGAACUUGUAAAUUUCUAAUUAUAUCUAAAUAAACAUUUCAAAUGCCAGCAUUAAUAUAUGCUGUGGAUGCAUGGCGCAUCUUAUUACCAUAUACGAUAAAAGCGCGCUGUACGUCGCAAACACUACAUCCCUUAAGAGAAAGCAAAUUCUCGCACACAUAGUAGGUUGAGGUCCAACGCUCAGAGAUGUAUAUAUUUGAUAUUAAAAGAGUAUGCAUACAAUAUAA